GGUUUUCAUCCAACGAUAUAACAAAAUCUCUCAAUUCUUGAGUAGCUUCGUUUUGCCAACUUACAGAUCGAAAUAUAUUGACAGUAGUGUGUGGUUGCAGUAGAAUUUGUGGAAUAUGACUCAAGACGUGGACAUGAAAGAUCACACAACGCCUUCGCACUCUGUUUCUUCAGCUCCUCCAUCUACAUUGCAGCAUUUGAAGGAGAUAGCAUCAAUUAUUGAAACCGGUUCAUGCUCAAAGGAAGUUCGUAGAAUUGCUCGAGCGCUGCGUCUCACAAUUGCGUUGAGGCAGAAACUGACAGCGCCGGUUCUCUCAUCUUUUAUCGAUUACGUUCUAAUUCGCGGUUCAGAGCCGCACACUAUGUUAUCUUCAUACCUUCCCAAUCCCAAGGAGGAUAAUCAGGAGAUGGAAGUGGACACUGCAACAUAUGCUAUUCAAUCCCCGGCGAAGCACUCAUUGCCAGAGCUAGAAAUAUAUUGUUACCUCCUCGUGCUUCUUUUUCUGAUUGAUCAGAAACUAUACGCUGAGGCCAAAGCUUGUUCCUCUGCAAGCAUUGUGCGGCUGAAAAGCCUGAACAGGAGAACUGUUGAUGUUAUUGCAUCCAGACUGUACUUUUAUUACUCAUAUAGCUAUGAGCUUACAGGAGAUCUUGCUGAAAUUCGAGGCAACCUCCUUGCACUGCAUCGUAUUGCUACACUUCGCCAUGAUGAGCUCGGUCAGGAAACACUCCUGAAUCUGUUACUUCGGAACUACCUCCACUACAACCUAUAUGAUCAAGCAGAGAAGUUGAGGUCUAAGGCUCCACGUUUCGAAGCACAUUCAAACCACCAGUUCUGUCGUUAUCUCUUCUACCUUGGGAAAAUUCAUACAAUUCAGUUGGAGUAUACAGAUGCAAAAGAGUCUCUCCUGCAGGCUGCUCGUAAAGCUCCGGUUGCAGCACAGGGUUUUCGGAUUCAAUGUAACAAGUGGGCUGUUAUAGUGCGUUUACUGUUGGGUGAAAUUCCGGAGAGGACUAUCUUUAUGCAGAAAGGAAUGGAGAAAGCUCUGAGGCCUUACUUUGAGCUUACAAAUGCUGUCCGGAUUGGUGACUUGGAGCUUUUUAGGAAUGUUGCACAGAAGUAUGCUGCCACUUUCAAUACAGACAGAACUCAUAAUUUGAUUGUUCGGCUCCGUCAUAAUGUCAUCAGGACUGGUUUACGCAACAUCAACAUAUCAUAUUCUCGCAUCUCGCUUGCUGAUGUAGCUCUAAAAUUGAGGUUGAACUCUGCAAGUCCGGUUUCUGAUGCUGAGAGCAUUAUAGCUAAGGCUAUCCGUGAUGGGGCAAUUGAUGCUACAUUGGACCAUGCUAAUGGGUGGAUGGUCUCCAAAGAAACUGGAGAUAUUUACAUUACAAAUGAGCCUCAAUUGGCCUUUAAUUCUCGGAUUGCCUUUUGUCUUAACAUGCACAAUGAGGCUGUUCGGGCCCUGCGUUUUCCACCAAACACACACAAGGAAAAGGAAAGUGCCGAGAAGAGGAGAGAGAGGCAACAACAAGAGCAAGAACUGGCUAAGCAUAUCGCAGAGGAAGAUGAUGAUGACUUCUGAUAACGAUCUUGUUCUUUUAAUCUUACCAGUUGCUGUCAGGAUCUUUGUUUCAUUCAUUUGCUCAUAUUUCUCUUCUGGAGAAAUUCCAUUACUCCUUCGUUUUUGAAAAGUGAAAUUUUAUUUUCUACAUAGAAGAUCUCUAGAAAUCUUCUACUGAAUUGAAAUAUUUACUGUUAGUUUCCAACCAUGGUGACAGCAAUGUCUUGUUUCCUUGUUCGGAGAAUGACGUUUUAGGGUCUGGAAAAGCUAAUCAAUUAUUUAGGACCAUGUUAGUGAUUCAAAUCAGAUGUUUGACUAUUGAAAAUUAUUUUCUGAUUGGCCAAAAAGAGAAAAGGUUUUUA